CAGUCUAAAUUUGCUUAACCCCCCCACAAAACCCUACUCUCCUCUUUCCUCCAGUCCCAGCUCGCAGUGCAUAGACAGCCAUGGCCAUGUACUCCUUCCGCCUCCGGCGAGCCCUGAGCUCACUCUCCGGUGUCCAUAGCUCUCUCUCCGGCUCCGGUUCUGCAAUCUCUGCAGCUCCAGCACUGGUUCCAUCCCUGCCGCGGUUGUCGUCGCUGUCGGUUCCAUUUCUCUGCCCUGCUCAGCUGCAGUCUCGGUCUUUCAGGUCAUCGACGGCGUCCCUGUUAGCUCAGGGGAACUACAGCAGGAACUUCGACGACUCCGACAAGAUCGACGAGAACACGAUCCUGUUCGAAGGAUGCGACUACAAUCACUGGCUGAUAACGAUGGAUUUCCCGCGCGACAACCCGCCCACUCCCGAGGAAAAGGUCCGGACGUACGAAGAAACCUGUGCCAGGGGACUCAACAUCAGCUUGGAAGAAGCGAAAAAGAAAAUGUACGCCUGUAGCACGACGACUUACAAUGGCUUUCAGGCUCUGAUGACUGAAGCCGAGUCUGAGCAAUUCCGAGGGCUUCCCGGAGUUGUCUUUAUAUUGCCAGAUUCUUACAUAGAUCCUCAGAAUAAGGAGUAUGGAGGUGACAAGUAUGAAAAUGGAGUAAUCACACCGAGGCCGCCCCCAAUUCAGUACGGGAGGCAGAGGUCUCGAGACCGGAGGAGAGACUACGAUCAACCAAGAUAUGACCGAGAAGGAGGCUUCGUGCAAAACAGACAAGGAAAUCCCCAAUACAAUAAUCCCCAGGGACAUGUGCAAAGAGAAGAUGGCAGAAACUACGGGCCUUCCCAGAAUUACCCUCCCCAACAAAAUUAUGGUCCACCUGGACAAGGUGAUAGAAGAAACCCCAUGCCGAUGAACAACAUGAACUAUGCCCCUCGAGGAAGGGAUCCAGCGGCUUCACAGCAGGGCAAUUACAACCUGUGGGGUCAGCCAAAUAAUAAUUACUACAAUCAAGAACGAAUGGAUAUGCCUCAAGGAGAUCGAAGGAAUUAUGCAUCUCCUCAGAAUGACUUCCGGGGGAACAACAUGAAUUAUGCUCCUAAUACUCCGGGUGGACCAAAUGGGCAAGCAGGACAAGGCGGCAGUGGAUACCAAGGUGGAGGUUAUGGACAAGGAGCAGGUUCCAACUAUGGACAGGGUUACAUGGGACAAGGAGAAGGUCAGAGAUUUUCACAAGGAGAUCAGAGAAACAUGCAGGGAGAUCAAGGGGGCCAUGGCUUUGGAGGACCUAACCAGGGGAAAUAUUGAUCUUAGAAGGAUAAUUCCAUGAAUCAGAGGCACCUGCAGAGCGAAUAAUUCCAAAGCUAAUAAUUAUAUGUGGUAAAGAUUCGAGAGGUGUUAGUAAAUAGAUAGACUUUUGUCUUCCUCUUCUGAUCAUGGUCAUUACAUGCAGUCUCGCGUUAAAAAGAAUAGCUGAAAUUUGCUGUUCAAGCUUGCACUGAGACAUUUGCGGCGAGCUUUUGAACUUUCUACUGUUGGAAUAUUAUGCUGUGCACCGUUGAAACAUUUGAAGCUAGGAACUCAGGUUCCUCUAUGUGCUAUGUGCUGAACUUCCGAGAUGGGACUUGAUCUGCGUGUU